ACGCCCGCACCCACCUCCGCUCCGCAUCGGGCGUGCAGCUUUCACGCUAGGGAGGGGUCGCGAUUCCCCCACCUGGUUUUCCACUUCCGCCUCCUCGGCCGCAGCCACAGAAGAGAGACCGCCGCCUCCGCAGCCAUGGCCGCCGCCGUCGCCGUCGCCGAGCCAAAGACCAAGUACGAUCGCCAGCUCAGGAUAUGGGGUGAUCAAGGACAGGCUGCACUGGAGAAGGCUAGCAUAUGCUUGCUUAACUGUGGCCCUACCGGAACUGAAGCGCUGAAGAACCUUGUGCUUGGAGGAAUAGGGAGUGUUACUGUCGUUGAUGGCUCCAAAGUCGAACAAUCGGACCUGGGAAACAAUUUUUUGUUGGAUGAAGGGUGCUUGGGUCAAUCAAGAGCAAAAUCUAUAUGUUCGUUCCUACAAGAGCUCAAUGAUGCUGUGAAAGCCAAGUAUGUUGAGGAGUCUCCAGCAACAAUGAUAGAUACAAACCCUUCAUUCUUUUCCCAGUUCACUGUUAUCAUUGCUACCCAGCUUCCGGAGAGUUCUUUAUUGAAAUUAGAUAGUAUCUGCAGGAGUGCAAAUAUCGUGUUGGUUGCUGCCCGUUCAUAUGGUCUAACUGGGCUUGUCAGGGUCAGCAUCAAGGAGCACUGUGUUAUAGAAUCAAAACCGGACCACUCUUUGGAUGACUUACGGUUGCACAAUCCCUGGACCGAACUCAAACAGUUUGCAAAGUCAAUCGAUAUAUGCGACAAAGAUCCUGUUGUGCACAAGCAUACUCCAUACAUUGUUAUCCUUGUGAGGCUUGCAGAAAAAUGGGCAGAUGCGCAUGAUGGGCAGUUACCUUCGACCAGGCAAGAGAAAAGGGAAUUUAAGGACCUAAUUCGAGCCCAUAUGCUUAACGUAGAUGAAGACAAUUAUAAAGAAGCUGUAGAAUCUUCAUAUAAAGUCUCAGUAACUCCAGGAAUCAGUGAUGAAAUCCGUCAGAUAAUCGAUGAUAGCUCCUCUGAAGUUAAUUUUUCUUCUUCGGAUUUCUGGGUUUUAGUUGCUUCUUUGAAGGAAUUUAUUGCAAAUGAGGGCAAUGGCGAACUACCUCUCGAGGGAACAAUACCUGAUAUGACAUCACUUACCGAGUAUUAUGUAAGCCUACAAAAGAUUUACCAAGCUAAGGCGGAAUCUGAUUGUCUUGCCAUGGAGUAUCGUGUGAAGAGUAUUUUGAAGCGAAUUGGUAGAGACCCUGAUUCUAUUUCAAGGGCAUGUAUCAAAACAUUUUGCAAAAACACUAGAAAACUCAAAGUCUGUAGAUACCGCAGUCUGGAGGAGGAGUUUAGCUCCCCAGUCCUAUCUGAAGUUCAAAAGUACUUCGCCGACGAAGACAGUUGUUUCGCAAUGAACUUCUAUGUUCUGCUUCGUGCUGUUGACCGGCUUGCUGCCAACUACAGCAGAUUACCUGGACAAUUCGACAGCACUGGAUUCACUAGUGAGAUUGGUGAGGAUGUUCCUAGGCUGAAGGAGGCUGCUGUCUCGGUGCUAAGUGACAUGGGUUUGAAGGGAUCAUCCUUGUCUGAAGACCUGAUUGCUGAAGUGUGCCGGUUUGCGGGUGCAGAGAUUCACCCUGUCGCUGCCUUUAUUGGCGGAGUGGCCUCCCAGGAAGUAAUUAAGCUGGUGACCAAGCAGUUUGUGCCGCUGAAUGGAACAUUCAUAUUCAACGGAAUCGACCUCAAGUCUCAAGUUCUGGCCUUAUGACAUGGCGUAUUAUCUUGUAGAGUGCUUUGGAACGGCCAUCCAAUUGGGUAGUAGACCUAGCUAGAUUCUGCGUCACGGCCUCGGUGCAUGCAAUGCAAAUCAUUAUGUCCAUUUAUGUACCUUGGUACUGAGGUAGUGUAAUUCGCACAGCGGCUGCAGAUCAGCUCUAUAUGAAUUCAUGGGGCCCCUUCCCCCCUCUUUUACCGUUGAUACUUGUUGGCAGUGGAAUGUGGGAUGCUUAGUUCCUAAGUGGCAACUAUAAAUCAUCUUGGCUAAGAAAAUCUUUGCUCAA